AUGCGAAGUGCAAGCAAAGACAGCGGCCUUUCGUCAACGGCCGUGCCUGGAUCUGCAGCUCGUGCUUCGAACAGUUCGUCUUCCACAGAUGAUCGUUCUCCGACACCACCUGCUUCGCUUUCGCAGUUGCUGUUGGAUGCGGAUUCGGCUUAUCGCACUGGCACAUCUGAGUCAGGCUCAUCGAUGGCUUCAACCAACGGCAAACAACAUCAACCACAACUGAAAGAACUAUCGUUAGUUAACAGAAUAUCAUUGAUUGUAUUUAUUAUAAUAAUGUUUAUGGAUCGGGUUAAUAUAAUGAUUAUGGUUACCGUAGUGAUAACUGCAGUCGCUCAUAAUUUGAAUCGGCACCAUUUCCAACCUCGUAUUUUGCAGGACUGGAGCUUAGAUGAUGUUCUGCUAUGGUUGCAACACUGCAAACUGGACGAUGUAGCAUCAGUGAUGAUCGGCUACGAUAUUACCGGGGCUGACGUGGAACAGUGGAACCUGGAAACGCUCGAGCAGCUUGGUGUGACAGAUGCGAAAACACGGGCGCAAGUACUGCUUGAGUUGCGAUCAUUAAAGGAGCAUCAAGCAAAUCCAUCGGAUGAAACUGGUGACCGCAGUGGUACCAAGAUUACCAAGAAAGGUAAGCCGCGAGUGCCUUUAUUCAGACUAGUACGUUCUACCAGUUAUGACAAAGUGGUUGCGGUGGAGACACCGCUAACUACCCGAGAUAUCACGGUGGCUGAAGGUCGAUUCGGCUGCUUGCAAGUUACAAAGGUCAAUGGCGCUAAUAUACCAUUGAAGGAGCAGGACUGGUACGUUUCAGCAACACGUUUCCUCUUCUCAUGCUGCUUUUUUCAUCAGAAGCACUACACUGAAAGUGAGUGA